AUGUCCUUCGUCCAGGGAAGACUCAGUGAUGAACAGAGAGCACGUAUAGAAGCAAAUAGACAGAGGGCACUAGAGAGACUAGGAAAGAAGAAGCCAUCGGCUGUGACAGCUUCAUCGCAGGCAAAUCCACCCACUGCAACUGCAAAUAUCACAUCCACUAAUGAUAAGGGAAGGAAAGGCGCAUCGAAUGAUGGCUUGGUUAGAUCGUUUGACCAGAUCAGGAAUACUAAUAUGGAUUCGAUAUCAGGUGGCGCAUCUAACCAGGGUGAGCAGACUCCAAAACGACCAAGAAUAGAAUUAACGCCUGAACAGAGGCGACGCAUAGACGAAAAUAGAAAGCGAGCCCUAGACAUACAGAAAGAGAAACAUAAGAAUAAUCGUGAAGCAACUAAGACAUAUCAGGACCCAGUACCGGUUUCAAAUAACGUGAGACUCAAUAAAGAGAAAGUUGCUAAAGCGAACGAGGGAAGUAUUAAAGCAUCUAUAAAAAAGACAGAUUACAUCGAGUAUGAUUUUGCAACCAUGAAAGAUACCCGGGGUGGAUUUAUAUCUCUUGAGGAUGCACCCAACCCUCUUUCAGCCAACACCGAUAGCAAGACCCUAGAGGAAUGGAAAGAAAAACAGAAGCAGCAACAUGUGGUGCGAGACUUGGCACCACCGCUAGAUAUAUCGCAAGCUCCCAAAUGCUAUGAAUGCUCAUCACUAGAAAUCGAUCCUAACCUCUACCUGAAUUUCAACCAGGUAAGGGCCUGCCGGCCAUGCCAGAAAAAGAUGCCAGAAAAAUAUUCGCUUUUAACGAAAACCGAAUGUCGCGAAGACUACUUGCUUACAGACCCAGAACUUAAGGACACAUCGAUUCUCCCUCGGAUCGAGAAGCCCAAUCCGCAUGGGUUUUCUCGCAUGCAGCUUUUCCUCCGUUUCCAGGUGGAGGAGUUUGCCUGGAAAAAAUGGGGUUCCACGGAAGGGUUGGAUAAAGAGUGGGAGAGGAGAGAGGCCAUGCGUAUCCAGAGACGGGAUAAGAAGUACAACGAGAAAAUCACCGAAAUGCGGAAGAAGACCAGAGCCGAAGAGUACACAAGAAAGCUUCGUAACGGAGAGGCAUUGGGCGAACGUCAUGUCCAUGACUGGUCAGCUCCUUUGGCGGUACCUGGAGAUCUCCAUACCGUUAAAAGACGGUGUAUAGACUGUGGCCUCGAGACCGAAGAAAUUAUAAUGUGA